AUGGAGGGGAAUUAUGAUGAGUCAAAGGUGACAAUGGCUGCUAUAAUUGCAUGGGCAAUAUGGAGUAAUAGGAAUGAAGUGUGUAAUGGGGGUAGGGUUGUCCACGGGUCGGGCCGGUGGACUACUCGCUAUCUCAAGGAGUAUUAUGCAGCAAAUGAGCAACUAGCCAUAGUCCCAACUGCUCAAAUAACAAAUUGGAUACCUCCACCAACGAAUAGAUAUAAAAUCAAUGUUGAUGGGGUGGUUUUCAAGUCCCAGAAAAUAGCAGGAGUGGGUGUCAUGGUUCGGGAUUGCUGUGGUCAGGUAAUAGCAGCGUUAAGUAAGAAGAUAAAUGUACCUUUAGGGCCUUUGGAAACUGAGGCAAAGGCUGUUGAAGUAGGAGUUCAAUUUGCAAGAGACAUUGGUAUUCAAGACUGUAUCAUUGAAGGGGAUUCCUUGACAAUAUAUACUGCUCUUUAUGGUAACACCUCACCCCCAUCUACAGUGGCAGUAGUGGUAUCGAGUAUUAAAGUGUUGUGUGGAGCUAUACGUGGGGUGGAAUUUUCUCAUACUCAGAGACAAUGUAAUAGACCAGCGCACCUAUUAGCAAAGUAA